AGCUUUUCUGUUACUUUGUUAAGGACUAAAUGAGUUUGAGUUUUUAAGAACUAUAAUUUAAUAAUCUCUUUCCCUAAAAGUCGAAAAAUCUUUCGUCCUAUAAUGGAAGCUUCAGAUAACCACAAGUUUACUGAUUUUUUCUGGGGCAAGUCAGGACACGAGAAUGCCGAAAGUUCAGAAGGUUUUGAAGUGUUAAAUAAGCGCAUGCACGAUGCCAAGUCUAUGGGAGAAGCCUUUGAAGAAUUUUAUAGAAAAAAAGUAGAAUUUGAAAAAUCUUAUGGAAACGCAUUUAUGAAGCUUGCAGGUUCCAUUUCGCAUAGAGAUAAUCACGGAGAACUUAAGCAUUGUUGGGACACAUUAUUGGCUGUAACGCACAGCGUUGGCCAAACACAUCUCACUGUAGCAGAUGUUUUUGAAAAUGAGUAUCUUCCAGAGCUAAAAUCUUUUAAUAACCAUCAAAGGCGAAGAAGAAAAAUUGCUGAAGAUUCGUGCCAUAAAACUCACGAAAAACGUUUAAAGGCUUAUGAGAAAGUUUCAAGGACCCAAAAACUGUAUUAUACAAAGUGUAAAGAGUUCGAGGCGUUGGACGCACAAAGCCAAACGGAAAAAAAUCAAGGGAAACUUUGCAAAGUCAAGACCGCUGUGGACACCUUGGAAAUCGCCUACUUUGAGGCUGUGCGAUCUUAUAACGAUAUAAAGCAGCAGUGGGAGAGCGACUUUACAGUUCUCUGUGAGAUUUAUCAGGAGUUAGAAGAGGAUAGAAUUUCCUUUACAAAGAAUACUUUUAUGAAUAUAGCAGAAGCCGGUAGGCACUGCGCCCAGGAAACCGAAAGAAUAUACAAAAAACUUUUGGAUGCCUCUAAUAAUAUAGAUGUAAACGAAGAGAUACAGUUAUUAAUAAGAAAUAUUUCUACUGGAACAGUCCGUUUAAAGGAGAUCCCAUCUGUCGACUAUUGUAAAUUAGGUAGCCCUCGAGGGAUCAUAUCUGAAGCUUCGGGUUCAGUAUCAAACCUGAACUUGUACUCCUUGAAGUCUUCUAGUCAGAGUCCAAACGCCGUGGAGUAUCGUGCUUUGAACGAUUAUACCAGACAAAGCGAGGAGGAGUUAUCCUUCAAAGCCGGCUCUCACGUUUAUGUUACUUCGAAGGAGGAAGAUCCAUGGUGGGAGGCUAUUAUUAACGGCCAACGAGGGAUGGUUUACAACACCUUUUUGAUCCCCUCCAAUGAGUAUGAAAAAAACAAUUAAAGCAAUGUGGAGACAAUGAGUAGUCGAAGCGAAGUGCUAACUUUAAUAGCUGAUUUACACCACUUUGUGGAACAAUUAUAAAUAAAUUUUUUUAACUGUCCUUAUA